UCUCAUGGAGCUGCUGUGUCAAAACUAAAACAGGUCCAAUGGUUAACUGUGAGGAGGACGAGACUUUACAGCACCUCCUCACGGACUGCUACAGAGCCGAGGAGGUCUGGGGAAAGCUUCAGGAGCCUUUCCUACCAGUUCCGAGUGGGAGUGUCAACGAUACGGCAAUUCGUUCCUGAGACCUGUACAGCCAUCUACGAGGUUUUAAAAGAGAAAUACCUGAAGUGCCCAGACACAGUGGAAGAGUGGCAGCAAGUAGCUGAUGGAUUCCAGGCUCAGUGGAACUUCCCAAACUGCCUAGGUGCUCUGGAUGGGAAACACAUCAACAUCCGCCCCCCUCCAGGAACUGGAUCAACCUACUUCAACUACAAACAUACAUUUUCCAUAGUGCUAAUGGCACUGGUCGACAGCAACUACAAGUUCUUGUAUGUAGAUGUAGGUUGUAAUGGGAGGAUUUCAGAUGGUGGUGUGUUUGGUGGAUGCUCACUGCAGGAUGCCUUGGAGAAUAGGACAUUCAACAUCCCUGCACCUGCACCACUUCCUGCUUCUGACCAGGCGGUUUGUUACCACAUUGUGGCAGAUGAGGCAUUUCCCCUGAAAGAGUACCUCAUGAAGCCCUAUCUGAACCGCAGGCUAGCUGUAGAGCAACGCAUCUUCAACUACAGGCUGUCGCGGGCUCGGAGGGUGGUAGAAAAUGCCUUUGGCAUCCUAGCCAACCGUUUUCGGGUCUUCCUAACCACCAUAAACAUUCAAGACACUUCCUGCGCACAGAGAACUGUAGCGCAUACAUGGCGGGAGUUGUUGACCAGGAAGGACCCGAUCAUGGCACUGUCCCAGGAAGCUGGAGACAAGACCCUGACCUACGGCAAGCCACCCCACCAAUAAUCCAGCUCGAGCCAAGCAUCACAGGGAUGAACUAUGCCAAUAUUUUAACGGUAUUGGUGCAGUGCCUUUUCAGUGGGAUAAGAUAUAGCACCAUAUUUUUCUCUCAUGGUGGUUUGGCUCAUAAAGGGGUUGUGUUGUGAUAUUUUCCUCAAGCUUUGGUAAAGUGUAUUCUUUGAAUGCAGAUUUGGGUUCUGCCCGCUCUGUAUUAAUGUCAUGUGGAUUUCCCUGUCAUGUUGACGGGUUAUCAUCAUGUAGGCGUUGAUAAAAGCUCAUUCUAAUGUUGUGUUAUGUGUGUAUGAAGGUACGAAAUAAAGUUUUGCAUUGCCUA